AUGGUGGUGGUCAAUUAUCUGCUCUUCGAGAGCGCCGUCGGGUUUUCCUUGUUCGAGGUCGUCCACCAGGCCGACACAGUCGGCUUGGAAUUGCCCGAGGUCAAGGAUGCGAUGAAGAGCCUCGAUAAGUUUGGCAAGAUGGUGAAACUGCGCAGCUUUAACCCAUGGACCUCUGCCGCCCAUGGUUUGGAAGCAAUCAACCUCGUGUCCGAAGGCAUCAUGCCCGAGCAUCUCAAGAACACGCUUGAGCUCAACUUGCCGCAAACCAGUGGAAAGAAGAGCAAAAUUGUACUGGGCGUGGUUGACAAGCGGUUAGCCGGCGAGAUCAGCGCUACCUUCCCCGGCGUCCAGUGCGAAGCAGCCGAUACCUCCGAGGUCGUCGCCGCGCUCCUUCGCGGUAUCCGUCUUCAUGCCAACAAGCUUCUGAAAGGUCUGCAGGAGGGAGAUAUCAACCGUGCACAGCUCGGUCUUGGCCAUGCGUACUCCCGCGCCAAGGUCAAGUUCAGCGUUCACAAGAAUGACAACCACAUCAUCCAGGGCAUUGCGACGCUCGACGCGCUAGAUAAGGGUAUCAACCAGGGUGCAAUGCGUGUGAGGGAAUGGUACGGAUGGCAUUUUCCCGAGCUCAUUCGAAUUGUGAGCGACAAUGGAACUUACGCCAAGAUCGUCCUGGCUAUCGGUGACAAGAAGACCCUGACGGAUGAGAGUGUCGACGAUCUCGCGAAUGUCCUCAAUCAAGAUCAGGACAAGGCCGAGGCCAUUGUCCAGGCUGCCAAGGUCUCAAUGGGCCAGGAUAUUAGCGAGACCGAUCUCAACAUGGUGAAGGACCUUGCCCGCAACGUUUCAAAGAUGGCGGACUACAGGCGGAUCCUCGCCGAGUCCCUUGACAAGAAGAUGGGCGAUGUCGCCCCUAAUCUCCAAGUCAUUCUCGGCACCCCUGUCGCAGCGCGACUCAUUUCCCACGCUGGCUCCCUGACCAAUCUCGCCAAGUACCCCGCCUCUACCCUCCAGAUUCUCGGCGCCGAGAAGGCGCUUUUCCGCGCUCUCAAGACGAAGGGCGCAACCCCUAAGUACGGUCUGCUUUACCAAAGCUCCUUCAUUGGCCGCGCCGGGCCCAAGAUCAAAGGUCGCAUCUCGCGGUACCUGGCCAACAAGUGCUCCAUCGCCAGCCGCAUCGACAACUUCUCAGAGCACCCGACACGGCGCUUUGGUGAGGUCAUGCGCGAGCAGCUUGAGCAACGACUUGAGUGGUAUGCCAAGGGAACAAAGCCAAUGAAGAACAUCGAGGCGAUGGAUAAGGCUAUCAAGGCCGUUCUUGAUGAUGAGGGUGAUAUGGACAUUGAUGCUGAGGCGAUCGAACGGCCCGCUGCUGCGUCGUCAGCAACCCCCGUCAAGGAGAAGAAGGACAAGAAGGACAAGAAGAAGGACAAAAAAGACAAGAAACGGAAGAGCAUUGGCGGCGAGGACGUUGAGAUGGUCGACGUUAACGGAGACGCCGAGCAUAAGAAGAAAAAGAAGAGGAAGUCCACGGGCACUGAAUAA